CCGUUGUUUCUAGUAGGUCACAUUUCAGAGUGGCACGUCACAAACCAGGAUGCGGAAACACGUGGUUUUUGACUGACUAAUGUUAUUUCCUCAUAUGAACUUACAAAAAUAUUACUUUUUAUGACUUCGACGGAUAUUAACACAACAGAUAGGAUGCAGAGUUCCAAGGUGUUGACCCUGGUGCUGGUGGUCCAGCCUGGCAGGGUCCUGCUGGGCAUGAAGAAGCGAGGAUUCGCGGCUGGGAGGUGGAACGGUUUUGGAGGCAAGGUUGAAAAUGGAGAAACUAUUGAGGAAGGAGCAAGGAGGGAACUCCUUGAAGAAAGUGGCCUCACAGUGGAUGCUCUCGAGAAGGUGGGAAAUAUAAAGUUUGAAUUUGUCGGAGAGACGCAGCUGCUGGACGUUCAUAUUUUCAGAGCGGACUCGUACAACGGAGAACCAAUUGAAACCGAAGAAAUGAGACCCCAGUGGUUCGACUGGGACAAAAUCCCCUACAGCCAAAUGUGGCCCGACGACUCCAUGUGGUUCCCCAUGCUGCUGCAGAAGAAGAAGUUUUCUGGCUACAUGCUCUUCCAGGGCCAUGAUGUGAUCCUCAGCCACAAGCUGGAGGAGGUGGACGAGCUGUGAGGGGGAGGAGCCGGUGAGGUGUGUGGGAGGAGUCACAUCGGGUGGCGCUGAUGUAAAUAUUUAUACUGUAUUGUAAAACUAGCUAACUGAAUAGUUAAUUUACUUUUUACAUUUACAAUGCUGAGCUAAAACACCAUGACUACAGCACUGAAAGUAAAAAAGGCUACCAUUAGUCUCUCCAGGAUUGUUUUUUGUUAUUGUUUCGGGUUAAAAUGCCUGAACUUCUGGCAGCUUUUUCAGAAA